CAGCUGGCAAGAUUGACCUAGAGGGGCUACCGUAGUUUUAAGCGAGGACAGUUGUUAGCAACAGUACAACACAAGUUAGGUGACAGGUACCAGCUGUGAGUCUGCGAACAAUUAGACAAAUACGUGGAAAAUAGACAGUAAUGAAUGUUUGCUCUGUAGCUAUGCUGUAGCUAAGUUUACGUCACACACUGAGGGUCAUUUCGCGUAAUUAGCUUAACUAGCAGGCGAGUGUGCGGCAGGUGGCUAGCUAGGUAGCCUGUAACGUUAAGCUAACGACAACGUCAUAAGAAAAUCAGAAACUAACACGGUGGUGAGUUGAUUAAAGGUGCCGCUGCUGUCAGUGUCCGAGAAAUAAACCACCAGCAGUGCCACAAUGAAUGUCCCGAAAAGUGGCUAUCGCGUAUUUUCCGCUAACUCCUCCGUAGCAUGCACAGAAUUGGCCAAGAAGAUAACAGAGCGGCUGGGAGUCGAGCUGGGGAAGUCUGUGGUCUUUCAGGAGUCUAACAGAGAAACUAGAGUGGAUGUGAAAGAAUCAGUUCGUGGACAAACUAUCUUCAUCAUCCAGACCAUACCACGAGAUGUCAACACAGCCAUCAUGGAGCUGCUGGUCAUGGCCUACGCCCUCAAGACCUCUUGUGCAAAGAACAUUAUUGGAGUCAUCCCUUACUUUCCCUACAGCAAACAGUGCAAGAUGAGGAAGAGGGGCUCAAUAGUGAGCAAGUUGUUAGCUUCAAUGUUGGCGAAAGCAGGAUUAACACACAUCAUCACCAUGGACUUGCAUCAGAAGGAGAUCCAGGGCUUCUUCAGUUUUCCAGUGGACAACUUGCGUGCCUCUCCUUUCUUGAUUCAGUACAUCCAAGAAGAGAUUCCUGAUUACAGAAAUGCCAUCAUUGUGGCAAAGUCCCCAGCAGCAGCUAAAAGGGCUCAGUCUUACGCAGAACGCCUGCGUUUAGGUUUGGCUGUGAUUCACGGCGAGGCUCAGUGUUCAGAGUCUGACAUGGCUGAUGGAAGACACUCUCCACCAUGUGUACGCAACACCACAGGACACACAGGACUGGAGCUUCCUUCAGGCAAACAACAAGCUCCGUUCCCUGGCAUAGAGCUCCCAAUGAUGAUGGCCAAAGAGAAACCUCCCAUAACUGUAGUCGGAGACGUGGGAGGGAGAAUUGCCAUCAUUGUGGACGACAUUAUAGAUGAUGUUGGAGACUUUGUUGCAGCUGCUGAGAUCCUGAAAGAAAGAGGAGCCUAUAAGAUUUAUAUCAUGGCCACACAUGGCUUACUGUCUGCUGAUGCUCCGCGCCUCAUAGAGGAAUCUGCCAUUGAUGAGGUGGUGGUGACCAACACAGUCCCCCAUGAAGUACAGAAGCUACAGUGUCCCAAAAUCAAGACUGUGGAUGUCAGCAUGAUAUUGGCUGAGGCCAUACGCCGCAUCCACAACGGAGAGUCCAUGGCCUACUUGUUCCGCAACAUCACCGUGGACGACUAAAUGAGUGUCAGAGAGGUCAGAGGGUGAGGUGGGUGUGAUAGAGACGAAAGGCAGGUGCACUCCUUCUCCGUGCUGUAAAAACAUGCUAUCGCCAUGUUCCAUGUGUUGUAUAUGUCGGGAUUACAUGUAUCCUAAUUCUGUGAAAGAAAUUUAAAUAGUAAGAAUUAUUCAAGGUUAUUUAACUUAACAUCAAAAGGUGUAAAGAGGUGUUUCUUUAAGUUGAAAGAUCUUGUUCUUGUUGAGAAAAGAUGAUAGAAAUAGCAAAAAAGUGACUUUGACCCCGCCUCUCCUUGCCUUGCUGCUCUUUUUGCUUUACAGACUUGAACAAAAGAUGCUUUGUAUUAAAAAAAAAAAAAAAAAGUUAUUUUGUCAUAAACUGCGGUACCUCAUAUCUAACGACUGAGCUUCGGCUGCAAAAGACAAUAGAAAAAUGUCUGCAGUAACAGGACUUUAUGCUUUACCACCCGUUUUCCAGACGCUCUUGCUCUUGCUGGCCCGAUAUGAUCAGGUCUGCUCAGCACUGUGAUGUCUUUGCAUUUAAUUGGAUGUGUUGUGUCUGACCAUACAGACAGGACUGGACAAACUCCUGCUUAUUGGUGCCCAAACUAUAUUUUUAUGCAGCUUUUUUUGCACCAUUUGAAGGAAUGUUUGGUAAAAUGUGACAAAAGAAGUUUCUAACAUCUGUAGAAAUGGAUCAUUAUUUCAUAUGCUCUAUAUUAUUGGGUCAGUUAAACUAAAUCAUAACAAAAUAUAUUUUUCAACUUAUUUAUGUUAGUAUCAAGCCAAGAGAAUAGUUUUUGUUCGGUGCUGCCCUUUUGGGGACUGCUGCUGCUGUUAUCACAGAGCAAUAGAGGUUAAUGUAAUUUCAUUUGUGGUCCUUCAAGUAUUGGCAUACUAUGUUUGAAAAAGUUGUGGUGCUUAAACAACUGAAAAAAUACUUAGAAAACUCAGGAUAAAUUGCAGAUUAUCCUGGAGAGGAAAUUAUUUAAAAGAUUUGCACAGCACAAAUGAAACUUCAUUCACCUUAUAUUGCACCUGCAGCAGUGGUCUCAAAGCUAAAACACUCUGCAGCCGAGCGACACGCGUCAAAACAUCUGCCUCUAUUAUUUUCAAUGUGCAACCCUCACUGGUGGUGGCUAGACACACUUCUGCACUCACAGAUGUGCUGCCCUGUGACUCUUAGCACCACUAUCCUAUUUCCAGCCUCGCUGCCCCUAAAAAGAACACUUGCUCCGGGAUGGUAGCGUACAUCCCGGCUCUCGCUCCUUACCUCUGCUGUCACUGUGUCUCUCAUGUGUGUCAAAGAAUAGAUGAGGAGAGACGAGUUGUUGAGGUUGACAAAUAUCCCAAGCUAUACAACCCACAGUCCCGUCAUUAUAAAGACAAUGGCAAAAAAGAUAUUGUCAGUUGAGCCACAGCUCUGGAAUUUGGCUCUUUCGGUGAAAAAUUAAGUUCAAGUAGUAGGUGUCCACACAUUUUUUAACUAAUACAGGGUGGAAGAAGUCGUCACUCAUUUUUACUUUGGUAAAAGCAGUAAUAACUUCUGUUGACGGAGCACGAAUCCUCCUUGGAGUGUCACAUUUCAGCCUAACAGUGCAUAGUUACCUAUACUGAGGCAGUGAGUGGGAUUUUUUUGUCAUUAUUACUAUUAUUUUGUUGUUAUUUGGACGGGCUGACCCCUUAAUAUACUCCAACUUUCUAGCAGUAGACUGAACACACCCAGCUCAGUAUAGUUCUUAUUUUGAAUGGCUGACGGUGUAACCCGACAGUGAAAUCACAUGCAUACACAUAUACAUAAAGGACCAUCUUUGUUGAAGCCAGUUAACUACAAACCUUAACACCUAACAUUACUGCCGACUGUUUUUCAAAGCAGAGAAAAAACAGUUCUUCAUGUAUUUAGUUUGUGUUUUUCUAAGCAGCCAGUGGUUUUCCUUAAUUUCAAUUUGCUGUGAGAGACACCGAUCACAGUGAACCUCCUGCUUCGUUUUCCUUUUCAUCACUUUACAGUAUGACUGAAACUCUGCUUGUCUGAUGGGCAUAUGUGUAGAGAGGCUCUGAUUGCAUUGCGUUAAAAAGAAAUCUAACAGCUGUUUACUGCUAACCCUGUAUAAAUGUGAAAUGAUUGCUGUCGUUGUUGUAUGGCAUGGCUCAGGUUAUGUAAAACAUGAACUAAUACAGAGAAUGACUGCCAUAUAACUUUAUUUCAUGCAGUGUAAAAAUAUUGCCAAAUUGCUGACAUCUUGCCAACGCCUAAUGUAACACUAUUUACUAGAAAUCACUUCUUCUUCACUGCUCUAAAACUGUAGUUUCACAGAGCAACUUGCUGUGUAAGCUACUGUUUUGGAUCGGCAAAGAAGAAUUGGGAAAACUGUCGAUGUGAAACUGCUUAAAGUUUACUAAUAAAUUCUGUGGUAUCUGAUUGGUGCUUGACAUGCAAACUUGCUGAUACCCGAUCCAGCAUUUUAGGCAGUGUCAGUGGCAUUCCCCAAACUGGUAUCAGAACAGCUCCCCUCAUCUGCUGCUGUUGCUCUGUGUUGGAAACAAUUCUCCAGUUGGAGGUUAGCAACACUUAUCCACACCAAGUCCAUAACCUUCUCUAAUUAAAGCAGCAGUCACAUUCUUAACCUGUUUUUGCUUGAGCAUUAUACCAGCAUUUGAAUGUACCAGAUAGGUGGACUUUGAUUUGAUCCAUGCUUUAGGCGCGUCACUUUACAAUGACCGCUUUCACAAACUCCAGUAUGGUGGGCUGCUCGAGUGGCUUUGUUCUAAGGUGUGUGGAAGCCGAUGGCUGCCUGGAAGAUAGGAUUUGUGUACUACAAAAAAAAAAAGAGAAAUAGCCAGCAGUAAUGUAUAAUAUGUGUGUUUUUAGUGAACUGGCACAAACACCAGUAUGGUCGAUGAAUUACUGUGAUGUUCCCCCUUAAAACGUGAUCUGAACACACGCACCUUUCUGCGCUCUCUGAGUGAAUUUCCAAGUGAUGCUUAAGAGGAACUGAGUGUAUUUCUGUUCUGAUUGAGUCCUCUGCUCAGGGAAAUACACUUAAUAAGCCAAUGCACAAUUAUCUGUUCUUGUGUUUUCGAUGCUUUGUUCCAAUGUCACAUGUUGAAAACGUAUGUCUUCCAUACAGCAGUACUGUACACGUUAUCUUUGUACUCUUUGUCAUAGAAACUGUACUUCUUCAGUAUUUGAGAGCUAGAUGCACAUGUUGGGGUUGUGUUGGCACAGAGUUGGAGGUUGUCGGUAUCAAAUGCUGUUGCUAUGCAGGCUAAGAUUUGAUCUGUUGUGAGUGUUUAUCAUUCUGUCUUCUCUGUAUUCACUGCUCCCCUGACCUGUCUGUGACGCUGAGGGAGUAUGAUUGACACUAACACUCUUCUGUCCAGCUCUACGACAUUUGUCAAUGUGUAUGAAAAUAAAACAUUUGCCUCCU